CAAUCAAGUAAAUAUUGAACACUGUGUAAUCUUCUUCUGUGCUAACGUAGAAAUUUCGUGAACUUGGCGUUAAGACGUGUACAGAACAGUAAAUGAGGUCUUCUUGUGGCGUCUUUGCCAUAUGCUUAUUGUUUUGCUAUUUAUCGACAACUGAGGGGCUUAGGUUUAAGCUUAAAAAUGGUGUUAAAAAGUGUAUUCAAGAUGAAGCACACAAAGACGUUAUUGUACAUGGCGAGUAUGAAGUUACUGCUCCCCAUCAACACACAACUCAUAUCAAAGUCCGUGAUGUAAAAAAAAAUAUAUUAUAUCAAAGAACAAAUAUAAAUAGUGGGAAAUUUGCAUUCACUACGGAAGACUUCGAUCUAUUUGAAGUAUGCUUUGAAAGUCAGUCAGAUAAUACUGACGCAGAACAGGAAGUUUUCCUCACUAUAAAACAUGGUACCGAGGCCAAGGAUUUUGAUAAGAUGGCGAAAGCCGAAAAAUUGCAACCAAUCGAAGUCCUAUUGAAAAAGCUUGAAAGUCUAGCUGAUGAGAUCGUGCAAGAUUUUGUUCUUAUGCAUUCGAAAAGUAGUAAAAUGCGAAACAUUAACG